CUGCUGUCUAGGAGGUAGGUAAUCAAUAACAAACUGUUCAACAUGUAAACUCGUAACAAUAUUUGCAUUGUUUUUUCAAAAUAAAUUUAAUAAUUUGCAUUGUCAUUAAUGCAAAAUGAAUUCGAUAUCUUUAUUCAUCAUUCUUGUCGCUGGUUUCGCAAACAACAUCUUUGUUUUAGGCUCAGAAAUUGAAAUUUCUUUCAAGAAUUUUUCAUCCUCUGACAAAGACCAUCUGGACAUUGAAAUUGAGUUAUCACCUUUCUCUGAAACCAAAGCUAUUUUGAGCAAUAUCCCUCCAUAUGUAGAUUUUGUUAUCUUUCAAGUGCAUUCUUUUCUUCAGAGUGUUAUUUUGAGUUAUGACUCUGUACUGUCUACUCAUAAUUAUGUCAAUGGAACAAAUGUUGGCUUGUAUUCAAAUGCCUCCAACACAGCUUACUUUUAUAUUAAAAACCAGUAUGAUUUCAAUGUUUCGUGCAUGAUAGCAGUUGUCCCAUAUACAAAUGAGAGUCCUCUACCAGGAGGUUGUAAUAUGGAACUACCAGUUCCUAUUUCUCCCUAUCUUAGUUUGGAAACAAAUUAUAUCAUGAUUACUAUUGAUGGACCUCCUGCCUCUUUAUCUAUGAAGUGUGACAUAAGCAGUCUAUCUUACGUAUCUUAUGUUAUGUUUUAUAAAUUUCUUCACCAGAAUGAAUUUUCAGUGCAAUUCUAUUUUGAAUCUAUUAGAAGUAUGUUGACAUAUCCAAGAAUUUUGAAAAGUUCUUAUGUGGCUCCAAAACCGAUUGAAGGGCCUAUAUCAAGAAGAAUUUUCAGCCGUUAUAAUGGUGUUGGAUCCAUAUAUUCUUUGAUAGCUUUCAGUAAAUUUGGAAAUGUUGCAGUUUAUACACCAUCAGCUCUGUUUCCAUAUGAUACUCUUAACAAUUUGGAACCAUAUUCAGUGGCACUCAAAAUACAGUUAGCUUCAUUUGUGAUGUUAUGCGUAUUUCUAUGUUUUGGAGGACAUCGCUAUUUUAUGGGUGAACUAUUUGUCUUAGGGGCAGUGUUUGGUUUCUUGUUAUCAUACAUUCUUUUGUUUCAUCAAACAUCGUCACAGGGUGAUCUCUUAUUAAUGUGCAAUGGCAUUGGAUUUAUUUGUGGUAUAUUAUGGACCAGCCUGUGGUGGUGUGUUAAUAGCCCUAUACUAUCUGUUGGAUUAUCGUUUGUUAUGAAUGGACUUCUCAUUUCCUCUUUGAUGUCUCAUAUUUUUUCAAUUUUCAUGGGUGAUGCAACCAUUUUCCAAAAUGAUUUGAACUACUGGCUAACAUAUUUUACAAUUUCUGUCAUUAUUGUCUUAGUUUCAACAACUGAUCCUGUAAAAUAUAAUAUAAUUUCAUGUGCCACAAUUGGCGCUUAUGGAAUAAUAUUACCUUUUGAUUUUUAUUUUGGAACAACCUUUAAGUAUAUUAUUGUUAAUGUUAUUAACAGAGCUACUGUUGAAGGAUUUAAUUUAGCAUUAACUAAACCUCCUAUUCAAAUUGCAGAUUUCAUUAUAGGAAUAGUUUGGCUUUUAGUCAUUCGAGCAGGAAUUGUAUGCCAGAAAAAACUUACUUCCCAUCGACCUCCAUUUCCUCCUGUUUGUUUUAUUUUAAGGGAACAUAUGUUUGAAGCAACUCCUAUACUCUCAUCUGCUAGAUUUCCUUCAUAUUCAUAACUAUUUUUUAGAACAAUAGUUCUAAUAACUUGCAUGGAAGUAGUAUGAAUUGUACAUAAAACUACAUAACAUUAUAUGAAAAAUUUAUUGAUUAUAUCAAGGCAGUAUGAUUUUUCUUUCAUUCUGUAAAAAUAAAUAUAAUAUUUGCUUGAUCUGACAUUGUUUUAAUAACUGAAAAAUAUAUGUUUUCUUGUCAUUGUUUCACUUAUUUCUUAUAAAAUUAUAAGAAUAGGAUAGGUGUAUAAAAAACUAAGUUAGUUAGUUUUUUUAGCCAUAAGUUGUGAUCUUCUCUUUGACUGUGUUGUUUAAUUUAACAUUAUUUUUGUGCUGUGAGUUACAUGUUCUUAUUUAAACAGUGAAUUGAGCUUCUAUAAUAUAUAUUUUUUAUUUUGAAUGUUAUAAAAGUAGAACAUAAAUAUGUUUUAAUACAUCUUUCUUUGACUAUGUUUAUAGAUUUGUAUAUAAACUAUAUUGUGUUUAUUUUUUUAAAGAAAAUAUAGCAUAGAAUUGAUAUU